CAAAUCGUGACAUCGGUUUUGUCACCUACAUUAUCACCAAUGCACAACCAACACAUUAAUUCUUCAUGUUCUUAUUCUUCUUCGCUUUGUUCUUCAGCAUGUGCAACACCAGAGAGAGGUUUUGUUGAAGAAGAAGAAGAAGAUACUCAUGGUAAUGCUGUUACUGAAUCUCCUUUACUUUCGCCACUUUCAUUGCCACCUAAUAGAGCUCCGGAGGAGAAAACCCUAAUUGCAAAUUUGGACUCAUCUUCUUCAUCACCACAAAAGAAGGUUUCGGAAACAUACGAAGCUGCAUCACCAAGGAAUUCUAAUGUCUCCAAUGGAAGUAGAAAGUCUUCCUCAUCAUCAGCAUCAGCAAGGGUUUCUAAUGGUUCCAAUGGAAGUAGAAAAUCUUUGUCACGAUCAGCAUCGUUAGACAGGGUUUUGAAGACUAGUGAAGUUGCAUCAUUGGCCUCGUCUAGGAUUUCUAGUUCUUCCAAUGCAAGCAGAAAAUCUAAAUCAUCAUCAUCACAAGAGAGGAUCUCGGAGACGAAUGAAGUUGAAACUGCAACUGCAAUUGCAUCUGCAUUACCAUUGACAUCACCUCCAAGGCUAUCUAAUGUUUCUUCCAAUGGAAGUGCAAAGUUUAUGGCAUCAUCACCAUUGUCUUCGGCUUUCUCUCUGCCUUCUUCUCCGGAGAAGGCAAGGAGUCAUAACGGUUUUGAUCAGUCUCCGAGAAUGUCCAGUGUCUCAGACCAGUUUAGGCAACCGGGUUUGUCUUCAGUGCCAUUGUCACCAUCUCUACUUUCAUCACCAGAGACAGAAAGAGGGUUUAAUUUCAGUAGCAGUUUCAAUUCAACUGAAUCAGCAUCAAUUGCUAAUGGUGCUUCACAGAGGAAGCAUUGGGAGAUACCUGCAUUGUCAACAACAACAAAAAAUCCAUUUGGUCGAUCAGGAUCUAUUGGUAGUGUUUUGGAUCAAAUUGUAGCUGUUCCGGUUACUCAUCCACCACCUGUGCCUCCUCAGAGGAAACAAUGGGCGAUACCCGGUAUCACAACACCACUUGCUCCGCCUCCUCCGCCACCUCCUCCUCCACCUGCAGCUACACUGCAGCAGCGGCAGCGGAAGCAGUGGGAGGUGCCAUCUCCCACAACACCUGUUGGUCAAUCUGUAUCGAGGCCACCAGAGUUGAAACCUCCUUCCAGGCCUUUUGUGUUGCAGAACACAACAUUGGUUUCCCCUGUUGAUCUGACCCCAAGUUCUCAGGGUUCGGCUGAAGCUGAAGAGGCUGCGAAGCCAAAGUUGAAGCCCUUGCACUGGGACAAAGUAAGGUCAAGUUCUGAUCGUGAAAUGGUGUGGGAUCAGUUGAAGUCGAGCUCUUUCAAAUUGAAUGAGGAAAUGAUUGAAACAUUGUUUGUAGCAAACAUGCCAAACUCGAAACCAAUGGAUUCUACUUCAUGCACAGUUCUUCCCCAUUCAAGCCAGGAGGAGAAAGUACUUGAUCCUAAAAAGUCCCAAAACAUUGCAAUCUUGCUGAGAGCACUUAAUGUCACUAUAGAAGAAGUGUGUGAAGCACUUUUAGAAGGUAGUGCUGAUACACUUGGAGCAGAACUACUUGAAAGCUUGUUAAAAAUGGCUCCGAUUAAGGAAGAAGAGCGUAAAUUGAAGGAAUACAAUGAUGACUCACCAACCAAGCUUGGCCCAGCUGAGAAAUUCUUGAAGGCAUUGCUUGAUGUACCUUUUGCGUUUAAAAGGGUGGAAGCAAUGCUUUACAUAGUCAAUUUUGACUCUGAAGUCGAGUAUCUUAAGAAAUCCUUUCAAGGUCUAGAGGCUGCCUGUGAAGAGUUGCGAAGUAGUAGAAUGUUCUUGAAGCUUCUAGAGGCUGUGCUUAAAACUGGGAACCGCAUGAAUGUGGGGACAGACCGUGGUGAUGCGCAGGCCUUUAAACUUGACACACUUCUCAAGCUGGCCGAUGUCAAAGGUGCAGAUGGAAAAACGACGCUACUGCACUUUGUUGUCCAAGAGAUCAUAAGAACUGAAGGUGCUCGGCUCUCCAGUACUAACCAAACCCCAAACUCUUCCUUGGCCGAAGAUGUUGCGUUCCGGAGGCUUGGCCUGCAAGUAGUAUCUAGUCUGAGUUCAGAGCUAGCAAGUGUCAAGAAGGCUGCUACCAUGGAUUCUGAGGUUCUCAGUAAUGAUGCGGCCAAGCUCUCCAAAGGGAUUGCAAACAUUGCAGAGGUUGUACAAUUGAACGAAAAAGCUGGGUCAAAUGAGAAGUUUACAGAAUCAAUGAACAAGUUCAUUAGAAUGGCUGAGGAAGAAAUUCUGAAGAUUCAAGCCCAAGAAAGUGUUGCUAUGACCCUUGUGAAGGAAAUCACAGAGUAUUUUCAUGGUGACUUGGCAAAGGAAGAAGCUCAUCCAUUCAGAAUCUUCAUGGUUGUAAGAGACUUUCUUGCAGUUCUUGACCGUGUAUGCAGAGAAGUUGGUAUGAUAAAUGAGAGAACCAUGGUUAGUUCAGCACAUAGAUUCCCUGUACCAGUUAACCCAAUGCUUCCACAACCAGUUAACCCAAUGCUUUCACAACCCCUUCCUGGAUUGCAUGGAAGGAGACAGAAUAGUGAAUCUUCAGAUGAUGAUACUCCAUCAUCUUAGUUAAUGUGAGUUCUUGGGCUUUGCAUGUUCUUGCCCAAAAUGUUGCAUUUUUUUCUAGUUAAAAUUGUAAAAAGAUCACUGCACAAGAUUUGAGGGUUUUCCUUUAUUGGGGUGAAAAUCCCUAUAUGGAUAGGAUAUGUAUGAUAAGGUUCUUGUAAGCAUGUAUAGAGCUUUUAGGUAAGUUAUAACAUUUUGCAACUGAAAUUACCGUA